UUCUCUCUCUCAUUCUCUCACCCGCCUCAGUCCUCACGCCCGCCUCAGUCCUCACCCGCCGUUUCCAUCUCCAUCGAUAUGGAAAAGAUUGAGAUUGAAAAGCCUUUCUGAACGAACGACCCAUCUUCAUCUCCAUCGCCGUUUCAGCCUUUUUGGAUUUUGAUUUUGGGGGGCGGACGGGACCGUAUCAGCUUUCCUCAAUAUCAACGACCCAUCUCCAUCUCCAUCUCCUCCUUCUUCGUAUUCAAUUUCUUCUUUUAACUUGUUGCGUCUAUUUGAUUUUAACUAAUAUGCAUUUUCUUCUCCUUUUUCGCAUUCAAUUUCUCCAUCUCCAUGUACAUAAUCUGCAUUUUCCUAAAGCCUUGAUUCAAUGCAUUUGGCGAUUCCAUGACGUAAUUACCGUCCCUUUGAUUUUAACUAUGUAAUUUUGUUCAAUUCAUUUGGCGAUUCCAUCUCAAGCUCAAUUCCUUGCGCUACUAUGAUUAUGGAUGAUUUGCAAGAUGGAGUUGGAGUAAAUUUAGAGUCAGGCAGCACUACUGCAUCCGCUGCUGCUACUAGUGAUGCACCUAUUGCAUUGGAGUUGGACAAGGAUGUUGAGCCUAAAGCUAAUUUUAAGAAGCCGACCAACAUUUCUAAACGUAAAAAGAAGCAUACUUCUGUUGUCUGGAAUAAGUUUGAAAGGCUUCAAAUGGGUGCAGACCAUGAGCUAAAAGCCAAAUACAAAGAGUGUGGUGUGAUGUAUAUGGCUAAUAGCAAGAAUGAGACUAGAAGAAUGCGACGUCACAUGCAAUCAUGUGUACGUAGAGACACGCGUGAUGUAGGCCAACUAUUGAUAUCACAAGACAAAGGGACUAUAGCAUUGAGUGCAAAGAGUUUUUGCUUAAUUAUUUGCAGAUAAAAAGCAGUGUAAA